AUGGAAGGCGUAUCACCGGAUAGCAGCGUUAAGAGAAUAAAAACAUCGGAACCAACGAGCGUAUCAGAUGAGAACACCCUUUUAUCCUUCGCUGAAAGCCAGAGUUAUGUGCAACCGCGUCGUAUGCGUUUGAACAGAAGGCUCCACGAGUACUACAAAUUGCCGCGUGGCAGUGAACAAGUCAUAGUGGAUCAGUUCUUCAGGCGAGUGAAAAGCGGUGUACAGUACUUGCCUGAUUUCAAGAGUGAUGCGUUUUAUUUCAGCUUGAGGAAGGAUUGCACAUCAAACGUGCUCAAGCUGUGUGCAUCAGUGGACAUAAUGAGGAGACUGGAGUGUGUGCAGCUUAAGCGCCAGCAGUAUUUUUUCAUCAAUCUUCUGAAGCGGAAUACGGUGAUUGUUGAUAAGUUGAUACGCUGGAAAUUCUUUUACAUAAAGGAGGAUGGUAAUCCAAUGAAAGACAAGAAGCUGCUGUUCAAGUUUAACGUGCUGUUCGCACAUUUCGUGAACAGGAGACGGAAGCUAAACGACGUUAUACUGAAGAUCAACAACAACAUAGCACAAAUUAUUCUGAGAGCCGAGAACUCGAAGUAUUACCUGAAAAAGGCUGCAAGAAUAGUAAAAAACGAAGAUGAGUGAAUAAAAGUUUAAUUACACCAAUCAUCGGUACUGUAUCAUAGUGUGAUUUAUCGUACAUAAUCUGUGCACCGAGUUCAUCACCUGCAAAUUAUUGUAAUUUAACAGUAAAUCUCG